AUGUGCAACUUCAUUAAAAGCAACGGGGAGCAGUGUAAGCUUGCUCGCAACAAAGAACGAUGCGGCAAGCACGCGAUCAAUAUUGAUCAAGAGGAAAUUAUUGUCGUAGAGACUAAUAUAAUAGAAGAAAUGUCGCCUCAACCGAAUACCCCAGCUAUUGCUGAGGUUGUUCAUACACCAACCCCAUCGGUGAUCAAGCCCGUCGAGGUCUCGAAUAUCGUUGUAAGCAAAGUUCCAGAAUUGGAUGAGUCGAUUAUCGCACCGGUGAUCGCGGAUAGUGUGGUAUAUAAUGAGGAUCAAAGUUCGGAAUCAGAAUUAAAUAAUUUAAAUGAUCACACAGAAGAGAUCGCAGAAGCGGAAAACGAGUUCUUCUUCGAGCAGUACAUUGAAACGGGCAAAGUAAAGCAGUUCGACGUAAAAGAAAAUUCCUUAGACCCCAUGGAUGUUAUUGGAGCGUUUAACGAAUACAUUGCCAGCAAGAACUUGGAUAUUAAAGGAUCGGAAAUGAUUGACAGCAAUGCGUACUUUGGUGGAUAUCGCUAUUGCUUUUACAUUCAAAAAGGCAACAAAACGCUAAGACAUUUCUAUUGUAAGAGCGAACAGAUGAUGAUCAACAUACCAAUCAUGAUUGACGAGCUGAAUGUUGCUCAAUACUGUGUUUCAAAGAAGAACUACGAUCAGCGUCUGUAUAAGCUAUGUUGCAUGGUGAAGAGAGAUUGGUUCUGCAAUAACAACAACACGUGGAACUUGGCUGGCAUGCUAUACAAGAAACAACACGUCGAUCUUGGUCUGAUGCGUAAAACUUAUCUGUGUAUUCUACAGACAAUGACAGAGCGGUUUGAUCAAGUCGCUGCGUUGAAAGUGUUCAAUGACUGGGAAACAUCCAAAUACCAUCCAAAGCUAACUGAGGCUCAUAUCAAAUCUAUUGCUGGUGGAACUAAUCCAAUUGAAUACAACAAGUGGAAAGCAGAAUAUGAACCAAAGGAGAUCAAGGAAAAGAAAGAUAAGAAAGAUGAAGAGCUUUUCGUUCCUCAUUAUCGAGAAUUGCCGCCAAUCUUCGAUUGUAAGAACACAGAAACGUAUCUGGAUGUUAUCAAUCUAAAGAAAGGAGCUGUUGCAAUGGAGAAACUCUACAAGUUUAUCAAGAACAACAUUGCUUACAUCUUGCAAGGUGGAAACGGAUACAAAUUGACUAAGAAUCGGGACGCAUUCGGAGAAAUUGAUUACGUAGUUGUUUCCAACAUCAAGCAGUUCGAUAUGAUAAUUUGA